UCUCGUUCUGGCCUAGCCUCCCGCUCGAAAACGUGUAUAAAUCGCUCAUGUACAUUGAUACCGAUAGUGAAUUAUACUUUCCCGCUCUCAAAGCACCUCAGAAGCCUUCUAGAACGUAUUCAACGUCUCAUUACUCGUCUAACACUAUCAUUGCUCUCGUCUCGUAUCUAACCGUUCUGUUCACAGUCCCCAUCGAACUCGUAUAGCCGCCUUACAAAGUCACUUACCUCUCCAUCUCGUUAUUCCAGCCAUUGGAUUGGUGUCCGAGCUUGUGAUCAUCAACUCCUUUAUAAGCCACCCUGUUGGACGUAUAGCGUGGUGUAGCAUGAGCCUCUUAAUUGCGAUCGCAUGGAUUAUGGCAAUCACGGAAGUGGUUAUCAAUGUUGUUGCAGGUAUGUUCCCUUCAAUCAGCAUCUUGCUACUGUCGUUCAUACACCCUGGAUAUAUCGCACAUAUCAUCAUACUAACAGAUUAUUCUACACAGAUAUUUUGUUCCGCAUUUGGACUCUUGGAUGUCACGGUAGUACUAGUAACUGGUCUCACAAUCCUCGCAAUGUGCAACUCCCUUGCGGAUCUCAGCAAAACAGACAUGAGCAUGGCUGGCGUCUUUCCCCAAAUCAUGGGCUUCUCCACAUGCUUCAGUAUGCAUAUGGUCGAAUUUUUCCUCGGCAUCGGUAUCGCCGGCUCCUACGCGAUCUUGCAAGCUGGGGGCGAGCUGUGUAUACUAUAUGGUUGACGCGUAUUUAUUAAAUUUGCGGGCGGAGCUGACGUGGCAGUCUAAGAUGGUGAGAGGGAUGCACAUGUCCGACUUUUUUGAAUGAACAACACUUGUACUUAUUAUUAUUGUUAUUGAAUACCUUAAAGGUUAUGCGCGUACCGCCUACAUAAUAGCCACCUACUUAUGUACACUUCCAUCUCCCUGGAUCAUCUUAUGUAUACUACUUAUCGCCAUUUAUACGUUGACUUAUCUAAUUGCACAAGGUCGCACCUGUUUA